AUCUUAGUAUAUAUCUGUGACCUGUGUUCAUGAUUUAAACUUUGAAGUUUUAUUUAUGGUACAGACUUCAUACUAAGUUCAUAGAUUAUGCGUUAUAUUUUGUAACAUAUUUUAGACUGUAAUCUGUGGUUAUGGGUUAUGGCGAGAAAAGUUAUAAAGUUAUAGGUUAUUGGAAAAGUUAGGCGUCAAUGAUCUAUCAACUGAUUUAGAUUCGAUAAGAAAUUAGAAAAUCUAUUUUGAAAACUAUGUCAUUAACAUAGCGAAAUUUCACCAAACACUUAAAACUUUCUUUAAUUUCUUCUCUUUUAACUUAAGCCUAGAAAUGUUUCAUAAAUUUCAAUCUACUUCAUUAUUGUUGUUCAGGUCAAAUAUUAAAAUGUUAAAAUGUAAUGCUUCGUCUUUGGAUGGUAAAAUGAUGAACAAAGUUAUGGGUCUUAGUCGGAAAACUAAAAAGGUUUGGUAUAAACCAAAUGUUGGGGCAAAUCCUACUUUUGAAGAGCUUAUGAAACAAACAACCAAAAACAAUGCUGGACGUCAGACAAGCAAGCGUAUUGCUGUUUUAAAUAAGUUGUUGAUGAAAAAUAUAACUGAUUUAAUGGCAACAGGCGAAAACUCUGAUAAACUCAUUGGAUAUGGUUUAGAAAUUUCAAAGGUUUCUAUUGCAGGGGAUUACAGAUCUGUCAAAGUAUAUUGGAUGGCUGGAAAAUCUGAAGACGAUUCCCAGUUAGACGAAUUAUUGAAGAUGUUAAGUGGUUCACUGAGACAUGAAUUAUCUGUAUUAAGAAUCAUGGGCGAAGUUCCAAAGAUACUAUUUAUUAAAGAUAGGACUUAUGCAAACGUAGCAGCAGUUGAUCGGUUAUUAAAUAAAGCAGAUUUUGGUGAAGAUUUUAUACCUACUUGCAAUACCUUAUUAAUUGAUCAUCCUACAAUUUACAAGAAUAUUGAUCCAGAAAUUAAAAAAAAAAUUGAAGAAUUAGAGGAUACUGAAAAUCUAACAGAAGACAGUAACGAUGAAGUAAUAAUUCCCGAAAUGAAAAUGGAUGUAAUGGGUCUUGAUCAUAGUGCAAUAAUGGCCAGAUUGAACACGGCCAUUCAAAAAUCAAAAGCUGCUCAUCGUCAACCUUGCGCUGCACAAAAUGUUAUGAAAAAUACUGUAUCAGAACAUACUGAAGACACUCAGUAUUUAUCAUUUACAGAUUUUGUAAAAAAAAGAAAAAUUCAAGAAGCCAAAUCUUUGGGUAGAAGGAGGAGUAGGUCGAUUGAGAAAGAAAUGUAUGAUAAAGAUGUAUCAUGGCAUUAUGAGGAAGAAGAUGAUAAUAUAGAUGAAUAUCCGUUUAAAAUUGAUAACUAAUAUACUAAUAUAUUUUUUAGUAUUAUAGUAUUUCUUAUAAUUGGUCAAUGUAUUAAUACCAUUUUUAUCUAGCUUGCUGUUCCUAUACAUUUUUUAUUUAUACCUGAAAAAUUGUUAAGAUAACAAAAAAUAAGUUUUUAUUUGAUAUGUGUUAUAGAAGAACUUUAUGCGUGGUCACUGAUCAGUGUCAUUUAUUAGAUAUCAUUAUUCGUUAAAAUGAAAUCAACUUUCAAAAAAUACUACUCAUUUUUUUUUUUUUUUUUAUAUAGAUUUUGACUCAGUAGUUUCCAAAAUAUAGUAUUACAAUGAGUGUGGAUAUAAAUGAUAGGAUUGAUGAUAUAAAAAUCCCUGUUUUGGCAAUCAGUUUUACUCUUUCUGUCAUAGGUAGGCAUGCAAGUGUUGCAUACUGUAGAUAAAUUAUUGACAAAAGAACAUAGGCCACAGACCUAAACAUAUAACAUUUGAAUUCAGUGUUUGUUCUGGUUAAAUUAAAAAAAUUAUAGUAGUAUUAAUGCAUAAAGAUGUAAGUCAUAUUUUUGUUGUGUGUAUAUAAUGUAUAAAUACAUAUUAUAUUUUAUUAUAUUUCUCAUUGGAGCAUAGUUUUCUUGUGUUUUAACAAUUAUAUUAAAAAAUUAUU